AUGCGUUUCUCCGCUGUCGCCGUUGCCGCUCUCGCCACCCAGGCCGCCGCCUGGAGAGGCCAAGGCCCCCCAUCCGGCUCCUACUGGGGCUGGGGUAACACCGGCGUCGAGGCCAGCAAGGCCGCCGACGACUGCUCCGGCGCCGAGGUGACCUCCACCUCCACCAUCACCCUCCCCGCCGCCACCGCCCCUCCCGCCGCCACUUCCGCCGCCCCGGUCGUGACCCCCUCCGCCGCCGCCCCCGUUGAGGAGGCCGUCAGCACCACCUCCUCCGCUGCCCCGGCUGCCACCACCGCUGCCUCCAGCGGUACCUCCGGCCUCACCUCGGACCAGCAGGCCGCCCUCGAUGCCCACAACGCCGCCCGCUCCGACGUCGGCGUCCCGGCCCUCGAGUGGGAUGCCACCCUCGCCUCCAACGCCCAGGAGUGGGCCACCCACCUCCUCUCCGUCGGCUCCCUGACCCACUCCCAGGUCUCUGACCAGGGCGAGAACCUGUACAUGCAGUCCAACACCGACAGCCCCUACAUCAACGCUGCCAACGCCUGGAUCGCUGAGAAGUCCUCCUACAACGGCGAGACCAUCUCCGAGUCCAACUACAUGGGCUUCGGUCACUACACUCAGAUCGUCUGGAAGAGCACCACCAAGGUCGGUCUGGCUGUUGCCACCAACUCCCAGGGCACCUACGUCGUCGCCCGCUACUCGCCCCCUGGCAACUAG